UCAAAGCUGGUAUAGUGGGUGGUAACGGAACGGACUCCAGCCGGUUGCAUUUCGAAUCGUCUAACCAGAAGAAACGGAUCAAUCGGCGGCGCGGUCGGUACUUUUUGUCAAUCGAGCAGUGAUUAGUGAAUCGCCACAAGUGUUCCUCCAGAGUGAAGAUAGUUUUGCGGUACGCAGUUUGAUUCGCGUUGAUUGGUUUCGCUCCCGAUUGUAGCAGCGCCGAGUCUCUGCAGAAGACCUCGGGCGUCGUCUUCAGUUCCCAAAGUAGUUCAUAUCUGUGCGGAUGGUUGUCGUGCUCGCAGCGUGGUAGUCUGAGCUUUGUAGUCCGUUGGCACGUGCUGCGCGUGUGAUCUGGCGUAUUAGCGAAGAAUUUGUCUUUGGCAAAUAAUUUAUUGGUUGUAAUUUCAUCAGACGUUGCAUAGCAGAAAAUGGAUAAAAGCCAGAUCAAACACCUAUUGGAUCUGUCCAAGGAAGAGAAGAAAGCAUUUUUGAAUUCGUUUGAUGGGAUCAUGUCCGACUGUGAUGGUGUGGUGUGGAACUUCACCGGCCCGAUUCCCGGAGUAGAUGACGCAUUGCAAUUGCUUAAGAAGGACGGGAAGAAAUUGUCAUUUAUUUCAAACAAUGGUAUGCGUACUAUGGAGGAAUAUAGGCAAAAAUUUCAGAAACUCGGAGUCGAAUCACAAGAAUAUGAUAUCGUCCACCCUGGAUUAACAACGGUUAAGUACCUUAAAUCGAUCGAUAUGCAGGAUGCUGUGUACUGCAUAGGAGCGGGGGUUUUUAAGGAUUAUCUUAGAUCAGCUGGGUUUACUGUUCUUGAUGGGCCAACGGAACGCAUCCCGGAUGACGACACUGCCAAAGCUUUGCGUAGCUUUGCCGGCUUCUUCGCUAGCACUAACGAACCCCGAGUGGGGGCCGUCGUCGUCGAUAUCGAUGUCAACGUUUCUCUAACUCAACUUAUGAAGGCCAAGUGCUACCUCGACCGCAACCCGGACUGUUUGCUGCUGGCCGGGGCUACGGAUUACAUCAUACCUUUGGGUGAAAAAAUGGACGUCAUAGGGCCCGGCUAUUUCAUCGACUUACUGGAAAAUGUUACCGGACGCAAAGCGCUGGUUCUGGGCAAACCGGGUCACGCGCUGUCCGAGUUCAUAUUGGAACAAUUUCACGUGACCCAUCCCGAACGGACGCUAUUCAUCGGCGAUAUGCUACCUCAAGAUAUAGGAUUCGGAACGCUGUGCGGAUUUCAAAAAUUACUUAUGCUGAGCGGUGGUACCUCCAAAGCUAUGAUGCUGGCCCACAACAAACCGGAAGAGCUGCCCAACUAUUACGCGGACAGUUUUGCUGAUUUUGUACAACUAUAUAAAGAUGUGGCUGAAUUGUGAGGAGAUUGUCCGAUUAAUUUAAAUUUUAAAUUAAACAAUUCCAUUCAAUGUAUGCACAACUACUAGAUGUGUUAUAGUAAUUGUGAUAUCUCUUGUUAAGCAUAGCUUUGACGUAGAGAAAAAAAAACAUUUGUGUAUUUAUGAAUCAUUGUAACCGUUAUUUCAUGUUAUUUAAUAAUAAAUUCUAAUAAUUUGAUACUGCAACUGGUAUAAU